AAUGUCUAUGGCGUUUAAAAACAAAAUGGUUGCCAUGACAACGGUUAUUGACAAAAUCCUGACAGUGUUUUAGAGAAAACUUUAAUCGUAUAUCAAACAUUGAAAUGUUAUUUUAGACAAGUUUUAAAUAAUUAUGAAGUUGUUAAAAAUACAUAUGCGGUAUCACCCACCAGGGCUCAUUUUGGAGUAUUCUCAAAAAGGCGCUGUGAAGAGCAGAGAAAUUGACCUCUUGGAUUUGAAUAGCAAAAGCGACAUUCCCACACUAGCCAACGAACUGUACACCCGAGAGGUUCUCCUCACCGAGGACGUGAAGGACCAGUUGGAACAAUGCCUGACCACGCUGAAGAAGAGGGUGGAACAUGAGGGCCCGGCGGGGAAGAGGUUUAUACCUUUGACUUCACGGUUCUACAUAUACAAGACGUUGAUGACCCACGUACUCCCGCUGACCAACGUGGCCUUUGACAAAUCAGGAGAACGAUGUCUGUCAGGAAGCUAUGACCGCACCUGCAAGGUAUGGGACGUGGAAUCAGGCAGCGAGCUGGCAACGUUGACUGGUCAUCAGAAUGUCGUCUAUUCUGUCUCAUUCAACUUUCCAGCUUGUGACCACGUCAUAACCGGCUCCUUCGACAAAUCCGCCAAAAUCUGGGAACCGUCAUCCGGGGAGUGUCUGGCCACUCUCUGGGGCCACAACGGGGAGGUGGUGGCCGCACAGUUCAGCCCUAAAGGGGACCAUGCGGCCACUGGUUCCAUGGACCAUACUGCCAAGCUUUACGACGUCAGAACCGGAGAUGAGCUCCACACGUACACUGGGCACACAGCAGAGGUGAUUGCGCUACAGUUUGACCCGAACGAAGGUCGGAGGCUCAUCACAGGGUCCUUUGAUGGCACCAUCUCCAUGUGGGAUACUAGGAUGAAGGACCGAGUAUCAGUCCUUUCCGGACACGAGGGCGAAAUCUCCAACGUCCAGUUCAAUUGGGACAGCUCUCUCGUGGGCUCUUCUUCCUUAGACGGCAGCGCGAGACUCUGGGACGCUCGUCAAAGCUCCUGCCUCGCGACCAUUUCUACUCACAGUGAUGAGGUCUUGGACAUUUGCUUCGACUGGGCGGGGCAGCGAAUGGCGACUUCCUCUAGCGACUGUUCAGCGAGGAUCUAUGACGUCAAGGGCGACUUUAAGGAGCUGGCGAUCAUGAAGGGCCAUCGUGAUGAAGUGUCAAAGGUAUGCUUCAGUCCCGCCGGAGGUUGCCUGCUGACCGCAUCAGCUGACCGCAGCGCUCGGAUCUGGAACUCUUCGACUGGGAACUGCACACAGGUUCUGUCCGGCCACGAGGGCGAGAUUUUCUCCUGCGCCUAUUCCUACGCCGGAGACGCCAUCAUCACAGCAUCGAAGGACAACACGUGCCGUAUAUGGAGGUGAUUGGAUUGGUGGAUGUCCAACCAGUAACCAUGACUGGUCACGCCACGUCACCUAACCUAAACAAAAUUACUUGGACAAUUUUUGCGAUAAAAAAACAAACUUUCUUCUUUUACGCUGCACGAUGCGUCGAGCGUAAAUUUCCAUCUUUUCCCGGUCGAGGUCAAGAUAUCCUGCGCCUAUUAUUACGCCGGUGAUGCUAUCAUCACAGCAUAAAAGGACAGCACGUGCCGUAUAUGGAGGUGAUUGGAUUGGUGGCUGUCUAACCAGUAAGCGAAACUGGUCACGCCACUUCAGCUAACCCAAACGAAAUUACUUGGGCAAUUUUUGCGAUAAAUAACAAACUUUCUUCAUUGACGCUGCACGAUGCGUCGAGCGUAAAUUUCCAUAUUUUUCCCGGUCGAGGUCAAGAUAUCCUGCGCCUAUUAUUACGCCGGUGAUGCUAUCAUCACAGCAUCGGACAACACGUGCCGUACAUGAAAGUGAUUGGAUUGGCGGCUGCCCAACCAGUAACCGAAACGGGUCACGCCACUUCACCUAACCUAAACAAAAUUACUUAAACAUUUUUUGCGAUAAAUACAAACUUUCUACAUUUACGCUGCACGAUGCGUCGAGCGUAAUGUUGUAUAUUUUACCGGUAGAGGGCAAGAUAUAGUUCGUGUCAUACAAGAUGACGCGUAGAUUUGUCAAAUCUAUCCAUUAAUGACAUGACAGUAUGUGUCAAGGCACGCGUUGUGAAUGGCACGAGCUUUAUCCUGUGCCUAUUAUGGCUCCUCUACAUGGUGGCCCAGCGCAGGCCAGUCCAAGGGACGCAUUUAUUUAAUAUUGCUAUCUCAUUCCACCGCAUAGCUGCGUCCCUUAGACUGGCCUACGCUGGGCCAUCGUGUAGAGGAGCCCUUACGCCGGUGAUGCCACAGCAUCGGACAACACGUGCCGUAUAUGGAGGUGAUUGGAUUGGCGGCUGCCCAACCAGUAACCGAGACGGGUCACGCCACUUCACCUAACCUAAUCAAAAUUUCUUGGACAAUUUUUGCGAUAAAUAAACUUUCUUCAUUUACGCUGGGUAGAGGGCAAGAUAUAAUUCGUGUCAUCCACGAUGACGCGCGGAUUUGUCAAAUAUAACCUUUAAUAAAAUGACAAUUCAAGUAGGGCUGCCAUCCGUCCGGGUUUUCCCGGAUUCGUCCUAGUUUGGAGGCCGUCCGGGGGGGGGUGUCAAGAAGUGUCCGGGGAAAACCCGGACACUUUUCAUGUAAGGAAGCACAUUAAAACUACAUGUAAAAUUAAAGGUCUUGUUUUUUAAAAAUAUUAUUUUCGGACUCGUCCGGGGAAAAAAUGCGAUUUACGCCAAAUGUCCGGGUUUUUUUGAAUCUUUGUCCGGGUUUGGCAAAAUUCGAGAUGGCAGCCCUAAAUACAAGUCAAGGCUUGCGUCGUCGUGAAUGACAUUUUGCAACGGACACGCUAUAAUCACAGAUCCAUUAGAUCCAAUGCCUUCAUUGAGAUCGGAAAGAGCCUGUUGUUUGUUGUUAUUGGCCAAAAUUGAGCCUAAUAAAAGCAAAAUAAAAUAUAAUAAUCAUUAAUGAAGCUGUCGAUCUUUUAAAGUAAAAAGUGUAUUUAUGAAGCGGUGGGACUCAACAAGCAAUGAUUUUGGUUUGAAAAAAUACAAAAAUAUGCUCGAUGACAAUCUCAUGGAACACUGACAAUUUAAAGCUUUGUCUCUCGUUGACGCCAAAUUGACAUCAGUUCGUUCAAGAAAAGAUCGCAUCUCAAAGGCCAGCAACGCAAAAUCCCUGUGGUGUUGCGAGUGUCCAUAGGCGACGCUAAUAGCUUACCAUCAGGUCAUUCGUCUGCUCGUUCUAUAUAUCAUAUACGUAUAAAACAAUUACACGUGUCAUUCGCACAUAAUGGCCAUAAAUAUUAUAUUUAAUCAUUAUUGAACAGAUAGGGCGUAGAAUCGAUACUAAAACAUGUCUAUAAUUUAUAAAAUUUAACCUUUAAAAAAAUCGUUAAAUAUACAUUGUUUCAUACACACGAGUGAUAAUUUAGUUAUUCAUUAUUGCUUAGCUAUCCUAAGUAUUAGAUAAAUUACAUCGUAAAUUAUAAUUGUAAUAUAACUUACCUACUUAGACAUCGAACUAUACUGUAUUUUACAGUACAUAUGGGGCUACUUUAUAGCACUAGUGCGAGAAGUAGCAUAUUACGUUACUGUGUCGAACAUUUAAAGGGCCAUAUGUACUGUAAAACGUUGUACGAUACAUGUGCGAAUAGGUAAUUCGCAACUCGUGUCGAUUUAAAACACUCCCUUCGGUCGUGUUUUAAUUUAUCGCCACUCGUUUCGAGUUUCCUAUUUUUCGCACUUGUAUCGUAAUGUACUAAUAUGCACGUUUUAUAAUAUAUAAAAUAACUUUUAAUUUUUCGCUCUAGUUAUACCUAUAACAAAAUAUUGUUAGGAAUUUGUCAUGAUAAUAAAUCAAAUUUUAUACUGUU